AGAGAGAGAGGUCCAGGAUGGGGGAGAAUGUGCAGAGUAAUCCGGUGAAGCACAAAGAGAGACAGACGGACAUUAGAGAUUCAUUCUUGUCCCCACGUCGUCAGGGUGGGAGAGUAAGUGGACGCACGUCCUGGAUGUCACGCAGAAACUAGUUGCGGUGAUUUAUCUGCGGUUGUGUGAUUGGCCGGACUGAUGCGCUCUGAGCGCGCAGCGUGAAGGUGGAGGAGGUGGAGGAGGAGGAGGAGGAGGACACACGCAGAAGAUCAGCGAGGAUCAGUCAGGAUGUGAGCUGAACUUGUGGUAGAAUGGCAGCUCAUGUCGCGUGGCUCUCUGAGGGAUGGCAGCCUUUCACCACCACCUUCACCACCACCAUCUCCACCCGAGCGCGGACCUGCGGCGGCUCUUCCACCGCCUCACCAUCGCCUCCUCUCUGAGCAUCCUCUGCUUCUCCCUGGUCUACCUCCUCACCGGAUGCUGCGAGUCAGAACUGGCGGACAACUCCGAGCUCAGGGCGCCCACGCGUGACUUUGCCGCGUCGGGCUCGGGAUGGCCCCACGAGAGGAACGGAACCGGCUCUGCCCGCGAGGGUUCCCCGGGUGCCAGUGGCGAGGGUCACGCCGCGCUGGAGGCGAACAGCUCCGGGAAAGAAUGGACAGCCACGCGGCGGCUGCCCCAGGCGCUGAUCAUCGGGGUUAAGAAGGGAGGCACCCGGGCUCUGCUGGAGUUCCUGCGGCUUCACCCGGACAUCCGCGCGCUGGGCUCGGAGCCGCACUUCUUUGACCGGCAUUACGCGCGAGGACUGGACUGGUACAGGACCAUGAUGCCCAAAGCCCUGGAAGGCCAGAUCGUGAUGGAGAAGACGCCGCGAUACUUUGUCACCGUGGAAACGCCAGAGCGGGUCCAUUCCAUGUCGCGGGACGUGAAGCUCAUCGUGGUCGUCCGUGACCCCGUGACCAGGGCCAUAUCGGACUACACGCAGAUCAUCUCCAAGACGCCCGACAUCCCUCCGUUUGAGAGCCUCGUCUUCAAGAACCGCAGCACAGGUCAGAUCGACUCCCUCUGGAGCCCCCUGUGGAUCGGUCUGUAUGCUCAGCACCUGGAGCGCUGGCUGACCUGGUUCCCCAGGAGUCAGAUCCACCUGGUCAGCGGGGAGAGGCUCAUCUCUGACCCGGCCGGAGAAGUUGGCAAAGUCCAGGACUUUCUGGGCCUCCAGAGGAUCGUCACGGACAAGCACUUCUACUUCAACAAAACCAAGGGGUUCCCCUGCUUGAAAAAGCCGGAGGGCAGCAGUAAACCUCACUGUCUGGGGAAGACGAAAGGCAGGACGCACGCCUCCAUCAACUCAGAGGUGAUGCAGAGACUGAGGGAUUUCUACAAGCCACACAACCAGCGCUUCUAUCAGAUGGCCGGCCAGGACUUUGGAUGGCAGUGAAGCUUUGAUUGUUCAGAACCAGUGGUUUUUGUUGGAGUUUCGCUGCUCAGGAUAAAAAAGCCUGUGUGCAAAUCUUUCGUCUGACAGAUGCAAAGACUCUGAGGAAAAAUGUUACUGCCUCUGACGAGCAGAGCUGCAUCUCAGAGACCCGACAACAAAACCCGUCGUCAACUCACUUCACAACUACCAAUCAGUCAGUUUGUUCAAGUGUUUGAGCGUCAGAGUUUUCUACGUCAUAGGUGUUCAGCAAAAACCUGAGAUUGCACUAUCAAUGAAAGCUUGGGUUAGGCAAGAUAUUUUUGUUAUUACCGAUCAGUAAUUCCUUAAUAAUCUUUUAGCAUAAUGUAAAUCAAGUGACCUGAGACAGAACUAGGCCUCUUCACCUUUGCUGGACUUGGGGUAAUCUGGCAACUAAGAGGAGACUUUGACCAAUCACAGGACAGUUCAGAGGGAGGGAGAGAGGGAGAGAGAGAGAGAGGACUAUUGGGUACAUCCCUUCAGUGCAAGGGUGGCUAAUCCAGCCUUGGCCUCAACUGCCUAUGCUUCAAAGAAUCCUAAAAGAAGGACGAAGAGUUGGACAAUAAACGCAAUAACACAUGUCAAUAUGGGCGGAGCCUUUCAGUGAUGGAGAGAUCGACCGGGUCAUCUACUGCAUAUGAAGUGUUUGUUUGUGCUCAUGUGGUGGGAGGGGCUAAGGACUGUGAUCACAGAAUGUUAGCAUUAAAGGAUCUGGGGAUGAAUCUCAACAAUUAACUAAGCUAGUUGUUUGUGUCACGGCAUUGCUAUCAUUUGUUUGCCAACCAGUGUCUACUUGCCUGGUGCUAAUGCUAGAGCUAGAAAUGCUAAUAGCCAAAAGCUUGGAUCUAGCUACACUUUUUCAGGAGUUACAACAAAGUAAAACUUUCUCGCUCAUUUCCUGCUGCACCCUCCCUUUUCUUCCCUGGUCUAGCUAGCUUGACACCGUGACAUUGCUUCACAUGAUUGUUUUUUUUUUUCCCGAUAAAGCAUCUGAAAAGAAAAAUGCAAAUUCUGAUGGAUUUACAAGAUUCCCGGAGCAACUGAUGAGACAUUUGCACCAUGUUACUUCCAAGAUUGCAGUCCCUGGAUUAUUUGCAUGCCAAUUUUGUCAAUUUUACCCAUGAUUCACAGUUGGACAGAGUCUGCACCAGUUAGCACAAGUGGGGGACAGUAGGCAUGGCUAGUCGGCACAGACCCAACCUCAUGUUUUGAGGUUGUGGACACAGUCGGGUAGUGUGUGCUGCCAAUGAAAAAGAGAAGGUGGGACACAGGAAAUGGCGUCAGAAGACAAAACUUACCCUUUAAACUCUCGCUGUUGUAGACACGAACACUCUUGCAAGAGUUUGAUGCAGUCAGUUGGUUUCAGUUGGUUUGACAAAUCAUGUAGUUCAGUGUUUCCCAGUCCUGGUCCUCGGGGUCCCCCCUGUCCUGCAUGUUUCAGAUGUUUUCCCUGCUCCAGCACACCUGAUUCAAAUGAGUGGGGUUGUUGUCAGCCUUCUGUCGAGCUCAAUGACGAGAUGACUAUCAGGUGUGUUGGGAACAGGGAAACAUCUAAAACCUGCAGGGCAGUGGUCCUGGAGGACCAGGAUUGGUAAAGAAACACUGAUCCCUUGUCUUUCAAAACAACUCUUUUUCAGUCUUUUUCAAAUCUUUUCACAAUCGGUAACGACUGUGAAAGUUGUGUAGUUUGUUACGCACCUGAAUUCUCAGAAGUUAUUACAACUUCCUCACUCAUUUCCUGCCACAAGCUUCUCUUCUUUGCCCGGUCUAACAAGCUUUGGUUGUGUGCACAUACAUUUAAACACUAACACUGCCCAGCGUAGCUUUCUGUGUCUCUGCCGGUCAUUCCUCCAGUGUCACAACUAAACCGGAACAAAUGUUGAUUCAUUUCCAGAUUCUUGAUUUUCUUUCCUGGUACGUUUCUGUGCUUCAGACUCACCGGUGAAGAAAUGAGUGCAUACAUAACGAGUGUCGCCCUCGGAGCGUUGUUCCCGCAAAGAGCAGGGAUGAAUGUUUUAUGUGGUGAGCGGCAAGAGGAGCGAGCGGAGGAGAAUCUUUAUACGAGCUCAGACUUGACUGAGUGGUUUUUGUAUUCUUGAAUAAUGAAUGUGGAUAAAAUGCAUGUGGGGGGAACCGGUGUGGAUGACUCGCCUCUUCGCCAGAGUCUGGACACUGCGAGAACCACACGACUGUGCAGUAACAGUAAAUACAGGUGAAAUGAUUUCUCUGGAUGUGACGUCUGAAGCGUUGAGGCUUUGCUGUGUUAGUGGCCAGCUUACAGGGUUGUCUUGUUUUCAGUUUGCAUGUAUUUGCACUAGUUUGAAAGCAUAAAAAAUAAAAGUAUUUUUCAUUUUAA